AUGGCGGAGGGAGGCGGACCCGAGUCGGGUAGCUCGGCAGACUCCGAUCCUGAGUCUGUAGCCGCUCAAAUACCGACACCUUCAACCGACAGUCAAAAACAGUGUAUCGGAACACUUCUCAAAACAACUCUACGAAAGAGCGACGAGUGGUAAGGAAGUGUUUUGAAUGUAACUUUAGCAGAUAGUUAGCCAUUAGCUACGGUAACGUUAGCUAGGCUAGCCAGCGAGCUACUUUUCAGUUAAUGGGAACUAGCUAGGUAACGUUAGCCAGCAAGCUAGCGAGUAGCUUAGGCCUGUCAGAGACGGGUAAACCGGUUCCCAUUGAACAGGAAAUCGUUUGAUUUGUGAAGUUAGUUGGGGCAGAGUAGACGUGACUAACGUUAACAAGCUAACGGUACUUCUCACCCGAUAGUUACUGGAACUAGUGCAACCUAGCUAGCUAUCUAGUUGUAGUUAGUUAAUAACUACUGUUAGCUAGCCAGCAAGCUAUUCAAGCGAAGGCAUUGCGCAAGUUAACCCUGUCUACUCACAUUAGCUUGCUGGCCGGUAACUAGUUACGACAUGACGAGGUGUAGUCAAAAGGCCCCUGUUCAAUGCGAUAACGAGUGACUGCGAAGAAAUGUUACGCAGCUACCUAUUUUAGAAGCUAGCUAGCUAAUGCUUUGUCAUUGGAACUGGAUAACACCCAGCGACUGGCGCUCUCAUAUAUUCAGUUGCCAAGGCCACAGGUUUCCAGACAAGAUCUUUGCGAGGUUUUAACUUUAACUAGCCAAAUCCAUACUGAACAGCAAGGGAAGGGAACCAACCAAUGUGGGCUCAGUAGAGUUAGGCUAACCAGACAGGCACUACCAGUACAUGUGACUAUUAAACACUAAAUCUCUGAACCAGUUGUCUUGAGACAGCAGGCUGCCGGGUCAUAACGUUGUGUUUGUUAUGGUACAUACAUCUAGAUAGCUAAAUUCACAACAUGUUUAUUUAACUCAAGUAAGCAAUCAUUUUAGUUGGGCUCGAUGGCAAGUUUGAUAUACUCUUGGGGCAAGGCUACAGACAAUUUCGAUUGUUUUGGCCUCCCAGUCUGUCUAAACAGGGUAAUGUCAGCUGGGUAGGUGCUUUUAGCAACGCAGUGCCUUCAGAAAGUAUUCACACCCCUUUACCUUUUCCACAUUUUGUUGUGUUACAGCCUGAUUUUAAAAUCGAUUAAAUUUAGAUUUUGUGCCACUGAUCUACACACAAUACCCAAUAAUGUCAAAGUGAAAUGUAGUUUGUAGAACAUUUUUAAAAAUAUUAAUACAAAAUUAAAAGCUGAAAUGUCUUGCGUCAAAGUAUUCAACCCCUUUGUUAUGGCAAGCCUAAGUAAGUUUGAAUAAAAAUGUGCUUAACAAAUUGCAUAAGAUGCAUGGACUCAUUUUGUGUUAAAUAAUUGCGGUUAACAUGAUUUUUCGAAUAACUACUCGAUAUCUGUACCCCACACAUACAAUUAUCUGUAAGGUCCCUCAAUCGAGUAGUGAAUUUCAAGCACAGAUUCAACCAGAAAGACCAGGGAUGUUUUCCAAUGCCUCGCAAAGGGCACCUAUGGGUAGAUGGGUAAAAAAAAAAGCAGACAUUGAAUAUCCCUUUGAGCAUGGUGAAGUUAUGAAUUACACUUUGGAUGAGGUAUCCCAUGUGGUCCCCUGUAGCUCAGUUGGUAGAGCAUGGCGCUUGCAACACCAGGGUUGUGGGUUCGUUUCCCACGGGGGGCCAGUAUGAAAAUGUAUGCACUCACUAACUGUAAGUCGCUCUGGAUAAGAGCGUCUGCUAAAUGACUAAAAUGUAAAUGUAACAAUAGACCCAGUCACUACAAAGAUACAAGCGUCCUUCCUAACUCAGUUGCCUGAGAGGAAGGAAACUGCUCAGGGAUUUCACCAUGAGGCCAAUGGUGAUUUUAAAACAGUUACAGAUUUUAAUGGCUGUGAUAGAACUGGGGAUGGCUCAACAACAUUGUAAUUACUCAACUAUACUAACCUAAUUGACCGAGUGAAAAGAAGGAAGCCUGUACAGAAUUAAACAUAUUCCAAAAAAUGCAUCCUGUUUUGUAACAAGGUGCUUAAGUAAUACUGCAAAAGAUGUGGCAAUUAACUUUUUGUCCUGAAUACAAAGCGUUAUGUUUGGGGCAAACACAUCACUGAGUACCACUGUUCAUAUUUUCAAGCAUGGUGGUGGCUGCAUCAUGUUAUGGGUAUUAUGUUAUGGGUAUGCUUGUCAUUAGCAAGGACAAGGGUGUUUUUAGGAUAAAAAUAAAUAGAUUAGAGCUAAGCACAGGCAAAAUCCUAGAGGAAAACCUGAUUCAGUCUGCUUUUCAACAGACACUGGGAGACAAAUUCACCUUUCAGCAGGACAAUAACCUAAAACACAAGGCCAAGUCUACACUGGAGUUGCUUACCAAGACGACGUUGAAUGUUCCUGAAUGGCCUAGUUACAGUUUUGACUUAAAUCAGCUUAAAUCUAUGGCAAGGCUUGAAAAUGCCUGUCUAGCAAUGAUCAACAAUCAACUUGACAGAGCUCGAAGAAGUUUAAGAAGAAUAAUGGGCAAAUAUUGAACAAGCCAGGUGUGCAAAGCUCCAAGGCGCUGCACAAGUUAGCCCUGUCUGUUCACAUUAGCUUGCUAGCCGGCUAACUAGUUACGACAUAACGAGGUGUAUUCAAAAGGCCCCUGUUCAAUGCGAUAAUGAGUGACUGCGAACUAAAGUGAACUAGCUAGCUAUUUUACAUGCUAGCUAAUGCUUUGUCAUUGGAACUGGAUACCCCAAAAGACUCACAGCUGUAAUCGCCGCUAAAGUUGCUUCAACAAAGUAUUGAAUACUUAUGAAUACUCUACAUAGUGAAUACUAAUGUAAAUUAGGUUCCGUGUGGCUCAGUUGGUAGAGCAUGGCGCUUGCAACGCCAGGGUUGUGGGUUUGAUUCCCACGGGGGACCAAUACGAAAAAAGUAUGAAAAUGUAUGAACUCACUACUGUAAGUCGCUCUGGAUAAGAGCGUCUGCUAAAUGACAAAAAUUUAAAUGUAAAAUUAGAUUUCUGUAUUGCAAACAUUUCUAAAAACAUGUUUUAACUUCGAUUAUGGGGUAUUGUGUGUAGAUGGGUGAGAACGGGAUUAUUAUUAUUUUUAAUCCAUUUUGAAUUCAGGCUGUAACACAACAAUGUGUAAGUGUAUGAAUACUUUCUGAAGGCACUGUAUUUACAUACACUAGCGUUGGUUUAAAUUGUAUUGGGUUGCACAAAAACAAUCAGUGGGAAGCCAGAAGUUAAAUACAACUCCAUUUCAACUUACUGUGCUGGUGGGCAGGACUGUUGGGAAUUUGAGUCAAAAUAUGUAAAGGAUCGUAUUAUUAAACAGACUUUCCAAACGUUUUUCUGUACACCCACUCCCUCUGCUUACCUCAUGUCAAAAUAAGUCCCUCACAAGUUGUUCCUUUUUUGUCCACAUAUGGUGCACGUGCAGGACUUUUAUUUUGACAUGAGGUAAGCAGGGUCAACAGACCCACGUUUGAAAAAUCUGUUAAUACGAUAUUUUGUCUCAAAUUCCCCCAUCCUAAUGACCAACCGUCCUGCCCACUGGCACAGUAAAUUGAAAUGGAAUUAUAUUUAACUUCUGGCUUCCCAUGGAAUGUUUUUGUGCAACCCAAUACAAUUGAAAGCAACGCUAGUGUAUGUAAAUACUGCUAAAUGCAGCCCAUAGCUGCCCAGCUGAUAGGUAUCUGACUAUGGCUGCAUUUACACCGGCAGCCCAAUUCUGAUCUUUUGCCACUAAUAGUUUUUUUGACCAAUCAGAUCUGAUGUUUUGUCAAUAAUUGGGGAAAAAAAUCAGAAUUGGUCUGCCUUUGUAAACGCAGCCUAGUAUGUUGACUCUUGACCUCAUUUUAAACACAGCUGAGAUGGGCAUUAUAAAGGCUUUAGUUGCAGUACCAUGUGUCUUAUUUGAAGUACACCUAGCUAAUUUAGUCACUAAGUUAUCAAUUCUAAUAAGAGUUCUUUAGAAAUAAAGUUUCCCCUGCCUGAACUUUGGACCAUGUGAAAUCCUGCUAACAAGCUUAUGCAGUGGGAAAUUCCUUCGGGCCUGAUGGAAACAGAACAUUUUUCAGUAAACUUUCCAAAUGUCGACAAAACAAAAUGCGCUAGACAAGGUGGGAUCUUUUUGUGUCGGUAAAUUCAACGAUGCGAGAAAUGUUGGUGGAAAACUAUUUUUUCUUCAUGCACAAAUAUUUAUAUAAUAACAAUCAUAUCGAAGUAAACUUUGAGAUGACGUGUGGUCCUCCUACUACGACUCUUCGGGGAAGCAUGCAGUUUAUUAGGCUACAGAUUAAAUAAGUUAUGAUAAACUUCAGGGUGGUGAAAGUGCAAGGUGAUGAGCUUGAUGCUCCUUUCCAAUAAAUAUUGAGGGUCUUAUUCUGGUGACGAUGCUUGGCUGCCUUUGAAAAAUAAAAAUCUCGCUGUUUUGCAGAUAAUAAUCUCAUCAUGUAGGCUCUACGUGCGCUCUAGCCAACAGCGCGCACAUAGAGCUGUUAGCUAGAGUGCACGUGCCAAUACCAGAGUGGGCAUACUCGCUGUAUAAAGCAACAAUUUUUGUGAGAAAACAAUCAGAAUUGAAAAUGCAAUGGAAACCCAUUUAACUACACUGAACAAAAAUUUAAACAAAACAUAUUUGGUUUCAUAAGCUGAAAUAAAAGAUCCCAGAAAUGUUCUAUACAUACAAAAAGCUUCUCUCAUGUUGUGCACAAAUUUGUUUACAUCCCUGUUAGUGAGCGUUUCUCAUUUGCCAAGAUAAUCCAUCCACCUGACAGGUGUGGCAUAUCAAGAAGCUGAUUAAACAGCAUGAUCAUUACACAGGUGCCCCUUGUGCUGGGGACAAUAACACAAUGCCACAGAUGUGGCAAGUUUUGAGGGAGUGUGCAAUUGGAAUGUCCACCAGAGCUGUUGCCAGGGAAUUUAAUGUUAAUUCUCUACCAACGUCGUUUUAGAGAAUUUGGCAGUACAUCCAACCGGCCUCACAACCGCAGACCACAUGUAUGGCGUCAUGUGGGCGAGCGGUUUGCUGAUGUCAACAUUGUGAACAGAGUGCCCCAUGGUGGCGGUAGGGUUAUGGUAUGGGCAGACAAAAACACAAUUGCAUUUUAUCGAUGGCAAUUUCAAUGCACAGAAAUACUGUGACGAGAUCCUGAGGCCCGUUUUUUUUAAAAUGGUAUCUGUGACCAACCGAUGCAUACAGUGCAUUCGCAAAGUAUUCAGACCCCUUCACUUUUUCCACAUUUUGUUACUUUACAGUCCUAUUCUAAAAUAUAUUUAAAUCGUUUCCCCCCCCUCAUCAAUCUACACUCAAUACCCCAUAAUGACAAAGCAAAAACAGGUUGUAACUUUUUUCUCUCGCAUUUAUUAAAUAAACGGAAAUAUCACAUUUACAUAAGUAUUCAGACCCUUUACUCAGUACUUUGUUGAAGCACCAUUGGCAGCGAUUACAGCCUUGAGUCUUCUUGGGUAGGACGCUACAAACUUGGCUCACCUGUAUUUUGCGAGUUUCUCCCAUUCUUCUCUGCAGAUCCUCUCAAGCUCUGACAGGUUGGACGGGGAGCUUCGCUGCACAGCUAUUUUCUGGUCUCCAGAGAUGUUCGAUCAGGUUCAAGUCCGGGCUCUGGCUGGGCCACUCAAGGACAUUCAGAGACUUGUUCUGAAGCCACUCCUGCGUUGUCUUGGCUGUGUGCUUAGGGUCGUUGUCCUGCUGGAAGGUGAACCUUCGCCCCAGUCUGAGGUCCUGAGUGCUCUGGAGCAGGUUUUCAUCAAGGAUCUCUCUGUACUUUGCUCCGUUAAUCUUUCCCUCGAUCCUGACUAGUCUCCAUGUCCCUGCCACUGAAAAACAUCCCCACAGCAUGAUGCUGCCACCACCAUGCUUCACCGUAGGGAUGGUAUUGGCCAGGUGAUGAGCGGUGCUUUGUUUCCUCCAGAUGUGACGCUUGGCAUUCAGGCCAAAGAGUUAAAUAUUGGUUUCAUCAGACCAGAGAAUCUUGUUUCUCAUGGUCUGAGAGUCCUUUAGGUGCCUUUUGGCAAACUCCAAGCGGGCUGUCAUGUGCCUUUUACUGAGGAGUUGCUUCCGUCUGGCCACUCUACCAUAAAGGCCUGAUUGGUGGAGUGCUGCAGAGAUGGUUGUCCUUCAGAGUGACCAUUGGGUUCUUGGUCACCUCCCUGACCAAGGCCUUUCUCCCACAAGUGCUCAGAUUGGCCAGGCGGCCAGCUCUAGGAAGAGUCUAGGUGGUUCCAAACUUCUUCCAUUUUAGAAUGAUUGAGGCCGCUGUGUCCUUGGACCUUCAAUGCUACAGAAAUGUUUUGGUACCCUUCCCCAGAUCUGUGCCUCGACACAAUCCUGUCUUGGAGCUCUACAGACAAUUCCUUCGACCUCAUGGCUUGAUUUUUGUUCUGAGAUGCACUGUCAACUGUGGGACCUUAUAUAGACAGGUGUGAGCCAUGUCCAAUUACAUUUCUUUUUUUUUACAUUUUACACAAUUAAUUGAAUAUACCACAGGUGGAGUCCAAUCAAGUUGUAGAAACAUCUCAAGGAUGAUCAAUGGAAACAGGAUGCACCGGAGCUCAAUUGAGUCUCAUAGCAAAGGGUCUGAAUACUUACGUGAAUAAGUUAUUUUUUGCAAAAAUGUCUAAACCUGUUUUAGCUUUGUCAUUCUGGCGGUAUUGUGUGUCGAUUUGAGAAACUAAUUUAAUAAAUUUUAGAAUAAGGCUGUAGCGUAACAAAAUGUGGAAAAAGUGAAGGGGGUCUGAAUACAUUCUGAAUACACUGUAUCUGUAUUCCCAGUCAUGUGAAAUCCAUAGUUUAGGGCCUAAUUUAUUUAUUUCAAUUGACUGAUUUCCUUAUAUGAACUGUGACUCAGUAAAAUCUUUGAAAUUGUUGAAUUUUUUUUUUUUUGUGUGUAGUAUUUAUAAAAAUUUGGUACAUGGGAAUUUAACCUCAAUGUAUUUUUAUAUGCACUACGUCGUCAUGCACAGCCUUUUAUUUGCAUCAAGUCAAUUUGAUGGAAACAUCUCUGGUGUGAAAAUGCGCAUAUUGUUUUUAUGCAGAUUUUAGAAUAUUCACUUGAUAAUCUGUCGCCAACUGGAUGGAAACCUAGCAAUUGUUAGAGAUAAGUUUAGAAACUAGUGGCACAAAUUGUCUGCAUGCAAAGCAAGUUUUAUAUAAAACAUUAGUUUUACCCUUGUGUGAUAUACACUACCAGUCAAAAGUUUGGACACACCUACUCAUUCAAGGGUUUUUCUUUAUUUUUACUAUUUUCUACAUUGUAGAAUAAUAGUGAAGACAGCAAAACUGUGAAAUAACACAUAUGGAAUCAUGUAGUAACCAAAAAAGUGUUAAACAAAUCAAAAUAUAUUUUAUAUUUGAGAUUCUUCAAAUAGCCACCCUUUGCCUUGAUGACAGCUUUGCACACUUGGCAUUCUCUCAAACAGCUUCACCUGGAAUGCUAUUCCAGCAGUUUUGAUGGAGUUCCCACAUAUGCUGAGCACUUGUUGGCUGCUUUACCUUCACUCUGCGGUCCAACUCUUCCCAAACCAUCUCAAUUGGGUUGAGAUCGGGUGAUUGUGUGGAGGCCAGGUCAUCUGAUGCAGCACUCCAUCACUCUCCUUCUUGGUCAAAUUGCCCUUACACAGCUUGGAGGUGUGUUGGGUCAUUGUCCUGUUGAAAAACAAAUGAUACUCCCACUAAGCACAAACCAGAUGGGAUGGUGUAUCGCUGCAGAAUGCUGUGGUAGCCAUGCUGGUUAAUUGUGCCUAGAACAGUUGAUGUCUCUGUUACUUGAACUCUGUGAAGCAUUUAUUUGGGCUGCAAUCUGAGGUGCAGUUAACUCUAAUGAACUUAUCCUCUGCAGCAGAGGUAACUCUGGGUCUUCCUUUCCUGUGGCGGUCCUCAUGAGAGCCAGUUUCAUCAUAGCGCUUAAUGUUUUUUGCGACUGCACUUGAAGAAACUUUCAAAGUUCUUGACAUUUUCCGUAUUGACUGACCUUCAUGUCUUAAAGUAAUGAUGGACUGUCGUUUCUCUUUGCUUAUUUGAGCUGUUCUUGCCAUAAUAUGGACUUGGUCUUUUACCAAAUAGGGCUAUCUUCUGUAUACCUUGUCACAACACAACUGAUUGGCUCAAACGCAUUAAGAAGGAAAGAAAUUCCACAAAUUAACCUUUAAGAAGGCACACCUGUUGAUUGAAAUGCAUUCCAGGUGACUACCUCAUGAAGCUGAUUGAGAGAAUGCCAAGAGUGUGCAAAGCUGUCAUCAAGGCAAAGGGUGGCUAUUUGAAGAAUCUCAAAUAUAAAAUAUAUUUGGAUUUGUUUAACACUUUUUUGGAUACUACAUGAUUCCAUAUGUGUUAUUACAUAGUUUUGAUGUCUUCACUAUUAUUCUACAUUUUACAAAAUUGUCAAAAUAAAGAAAAACCCUUGUAUGAGUAGGUGUGUCCUAACAUUUGACUGGAACUGUACAUUUUAACCUGGAAGUUAUCAUCCUCAUUCUACCCAAUACAGUAUCUUAACAAGGCACUUCUUUUUGCAGGUUUCUGAUUGAUAGCCGGUGGUUCAAGCAGUGGAAAAAAUAUGUGGGAUUUGACAGCUGGGAUAUGUACAAUGUUGGAGAGCACAGUCUCUAUCCCGGCCCUGUUGACAACUCUGGCCUGUUCUCAUGUAAUGAAGGCAUCAUAUUCACUUCCACAACAUUUCACAUUGUGUUUUAAUCUAUGUGUAGGCCAUGUGUGUUUUCUUUUGUCUCUGCUGUGAGCAUAAUUCUAGUAAAUGCACAACUAGUUAUAAACAAGCACUCCAAAUACUUGAUCACUCUAAAAACUUGAUGUCAUAAACUUACCUUGACUCUAUCUCUCCUUAGACCAUGAGACCCAGAUCCUGAAGGAGCACCUUAUAGAUGAGCUGGACUAUGUCCUUGUGCCCACUGAGGCGUGGAACAAAUUUGUCAGCUGGUAUGGUUGCCUUGAGGGCCAGCGGCCCAUCGCCAGAAAGGUGAUGCUAUUAAAAAUGUAUAUUUUCACCCAUUUGCGUUAGUCUCUCUCGUUAACCUUGCUCUUUCUGUCCGUAGGUGGUUGAACACGGCAUGUUUGUCAAGCACUGUAAAGUGGAGGUCUAUCUGUUGGAGCUCAACUUGUGUGAGAAUGACAACAUGGACAAUGUGGUCACACGUCAUUUCAGUAAAGCUGACACUAUAGGUGAGAGAGAGAACAGUGUACUGUGAGCCAGAGAGCCAACUGACGUGUGAACUAACUAGAUAUGUAUCAUCUUCAGCCACUUCUGGCUUUUAAUUAACUAAAUAUUGUGUGUGCCGUGUCCAAAGACACCAUAGAGAGGGAGAUGCGGUCACUAUUUGAGAUCCCAACGGGGAAGGAGACUCGACUGUGGAACAAGUACAUGAGCAACACGUACGAGCAGCUGAACAAGCCAGACAGCACCGUACAGGAUGCUGGUCUCUUCCAGGGCCAGGUAGAGUACUGUCUCUCCAACACCCACAUCCACUCACUCACUGCUAGGCCACACACAGCUAGAGCUAGACCCUUUGCCCACUGGCACUUUCUUCAUUAGACACACAGCACACUUGAAUCUUUUUGAGGGGAAGCUGCAAUGAUGUCAUCACUUUUAAUCUCCUGAGCAGGGUUCGAUUGAGGUGCUUAAAGUACUUGAAUUUGGCACUUUGAAAUUCAAAUAUUGCAAUACCUUGACAAUCAGAAAUGUUCUGAAGUUGGUACUUGAAAAGUACUUGAAUUAAAAUGAGAGGAGAACAGAAAAUGAUCUAAUAUGAAAAAUAUCAGGAUAAUGUAUUGGUUUUACGAAUACAUUUCCAGGCAGACUGCAGAGUUUUAUUUCCUCAGGUGUUUCGUGCUCUGCUUGCCAGGCUCAUUCCACCCCCACUGCCUCUCAGCCAGGCAGGUAAAGAACUGACUGAUUAGGUGCCGCCAAGUGUCACAUAAUAACUAAAAUGCCGGGCAAAUGUAGAUUCCAUCCUGCGCAUAUGGAACAUUUCUGGGAUCUUUUAUUUCAGCUUAUGAAACAUGGGACCAACACUUUACAUGUUGCGUUUUAUACUUUUGUUCAGUAUAGUUUACACUUUUUUUUUACCACUACAUCACUAGACCCAACCAAGCCACACUGUGUAAGGUGCAAAAAAAUGUUUCUGACAUUGCGAGCAUGGGUGAAUCGGCCCUGAAGGUGGAAAGAGACAAGGCUGCAUCUUGCGCUGGCGCCAGUUCUACAUUGUGACUUUUUCUCUACAGAGCUUUUUUGCCUCAUUCAAGGGCCGCCCGCGAUAUUCCGCUUUAUCAACCAGCAGCCGUGCUCCUGCUGUUCUGGUGGCUGUUCACGUGCCAUUUUCCUCAUACAGCCCACUUGCCCUUCUCCCGACUGGCUACAUUAAAGAUGCCAGUCUGAAGCAAGAUGGUUUUUCAUAGCUAUUAUGUAGUAUUUUCUCAAAUUCCCAAUGAAAUACAAUACAGUCAUUAAGCUGGAAUUGUGUAGUAAUGCGAAUAGGAAAUGUGUUCACAAGUAGGCAUGUCCCAAAACUCUGCUCAACACUACUCAAAUUACAACAUCAUCAGUACUGUCUUACCAUUCAUGUACGUAGUAAAUAAGUAGUGAAACACGUAUUAUUGAGUAGAACGUUUAUUUUUUAAUGAGGUUGUGGCAAUAUACUGACAUUUGGUGGCGACUAGAAACAAUUGCGUAAAUAGGAACUAUUACAAAUUGAUGGUCCUUGAAAAUUAAAAUUAGUGCUAGAAAAAGUACUUGAAAGUCCUUGAACGUCAUCUUAACCACUGUACGCACCCUGCAUCCGUUUUUUCUCCCAACAGUUGAAAUUGCACCUAGAGGUUGUUUUGCUGUCUGUUAUGUUAUGUAGCAGCAAUUAACUCUGCUAACUGAGUAUGUUAUGAAUGUUUUUGAAAUCAGCUGAGUUCAGCACGGCUCUCACUGGUAUGUUGCCCACACAGGUGCUCGUGAUUGAAUGCAAGAACGAGGACGGCACGUGGCCCAGACAAGCCUCCCAUCCAAAGUAAGUUUAUCGCUAUAUGGUAACACAUUCUCUAUUGUAGGACUUUGACUAGGGUUGCAAAGGGACGGUAUAUUACUGGAAACUUUCGAAGUUUAUCAGUAAACUACUAUAAUUUUGGUAUCUUUCAAGGAUUUUAUUAUCAAGCACAGGACAUCUAGUGGCCAUUUUGGGUUCUUCAGAUUAUCACAGGUGUCUGUAAUAUUAUCUUUGGCCUUAUUACAUGUAAAAUGUAUGAAAUAAUUAAAUAAGAUGUUUUAAAUUAAAAUAAAUGGAAUGACAAAGCUGUAAACAUUAUCCUAAAUAUAAACCAUCAACUUAGUGAAUACCAUUGGUGUUUAAUAUGAGGGUUUCAGCAUGAAAUAUCCUUUACAUUUUUUUACACACUUAUUUAUUUUACUAUGUCUAUGUAUUUCUUUUCAAUGUUUUGGCCUCAAACUGGUGACAGGUGUGAAAAGUCAAUAGUUGGAAUAGUUGCAGAGUUUAUUGAAAAUAAUGCCGUUGUUGAUUAGAUGCUUUUAAUAUUGAGGCUAUUUUCUCUUGAACCAUAUGGUCCAUCUACUAGAAACUCAUGGAAAAUAUGAGAUAUAAAAAAUGAAUACUAUAUAUAAAUCACCAAAGUUACGAUAGAUUGCCAUAGAUUUUCUGUUAAUUACAAAAAUUACUAAAGAUUCCCGUAACUUUAGCUUUGCAACCCUAUUUGUGACAAUUAAGCCAUUUUUUUAAUCAACAUUUACAAUAUUCUCUGUCUGUUAGGCAUGGGCGGUAUACCGUAUACCAGGGUAUUUGGUAUUAGCCAUGAGAUGGUUUCUCAAUACCAUUGAAACUAUUUAUUUUAAGUUUUUCAAUAAAUGUUAAUAUUUGUAGCUACUUUUAAGUAAAUACCUGCAGUCAACUUGUGCAAUACGUUAGGAGAUAAAGCAGAUUACAUUUACAUUUUAGUCACCUUUCCAGGCAGACUGCAGAGUUUUAUUUCCUCAGGUGUUUCGCGCUCUGCUUGCCAUGCUCAUUCCACCCCCACUGCCUCUCAGCCAGGCAGGUAAAGAACUGACUGAUUAGGCGCUGCCAAGCGUCACAUAAUAGCUAAAAUGCCGGGCAAACGAUCCAGAGCGACUUACAGUUAGUGAGUGCCAUAGUUCCCCAGAACAGUUGAGCCAGUUGUGUUUGUUUGUAAAUAGCACAACGGGAGAAAGUGGGAGCAGGUGAGUCCAGCUGUAUAUUGACAGGGGUCGCGAUUUAAUAUUUUUUCUUUUUUCUUUUUUUUUCUUCAAUAGACUGAUCAGGGAUGUGCAACUAUUGUUUGCCUUUGCAGAAAAUACUUUAGUGCAACACAUUCGGCAGAUAGUAGCUUAAUUUACAUCAGAUGACAACAGAAACGCAACGGAAUUUGGCUGGCAGCCACCCAAGUAAAUGAGCUUACAAUGAAAAAGCAAGGUAUUUUUUGCAAAAACUAUGCAUGGCCAUCAUAUUUCCAAUGUUUAUCAUAGAAUGUAGCGGGCUACAUUUCCCAAUGUUUUACUAGCAGAGAAAAGUAGGCUGGCUACACCGAGAAAACUAGCAACACAUCAGUCAGAGCGCUGUCUGCUAAUACAAUGCCCAUUUGUGAAUUUUCAUCUGAGUGGAGAAGUGUAACUGAAGCACAAAAUGAGUCUUCUCCAAGCAUGCGUCAACUUUGUUCACAUUUCUUGUAAAUGUCAACUCACCCAAAAUGACAUUCGGUAGGUUCUACCUAUGUAUUACUUUAUGAGCUGGAUUGCCUGUAUUUGCCAUUUGUUUAUUAUAGUUUGCGCUUGUUAGCAUAUUUAGUUAGCAGCCUUCAUGGAAAUGCACUAUUACUUGUGCUAACUUUGUUAGCAUUCUGGUAAUAGACAUCCAAUGGUAUUUUUAGCCCCCUUGUGGACUAUGCCAGUAAUACCGUAAAUCCCGGGAUGAGAGAAGGAUGAUAUGAAAAUCAGGAUACCGCCCAACCCUAAUGUUUGCUUGCACAAAAUAGUAUAUAUCAAAUAAUGUGUGUCUGAAACUUGUCAAGUAAGUUGUCUAUGUUCAUGUUAUUCAGAUCCAGUACGACUACAUCCAGGAAUUUCACUACCUCUCCAAAGCUCUCUUCUAACUCGUCGGCAACUAUCUCCUCAACAGUAACCAAUGGGGACAGCAGCAACUCUGGCUAUACACUGAACAACAGCACCUCCUCUGGCAAUAGGCAAGCAAACUGUGAUUUUAUCACUAUGCCACAAUAUGCGAAGUCACUGGGAUAUCACUAGUCAAUGGAGUCCCAUUUAUGUUUAGGAAUAUUUAUACAAUCCAUUGAUGUUUUACCUGUUAAACACUGGACUCAACCUUACUGUUUCUACAGACUGGGAGGUUACAAUUCAUACAGCUCCUCCUACAAUUACAGAGAGUCACCAUCCCAACCUGGCCUCUGUGGUCUCAGUAACCUAGGCAACACCUGCUUCAUGAACUCCGCCCUCCAGGUAACUCGCACACACACACGAGGUCUGUGUGCAAACUUACAUUAGCAUAUACUACACAAAGAAUUCAUAUGGACCACAGCAAAUAUUGGGUACUGUAAAAGUUCAAUUAAACUCAGUCUAUAGCCGCCUGUCCCUUUUUAAUAGCCGGGCAACAGCACACAUUUCAGCAAAUAAAAGCCUGUUUCAAAUAAAUACAUUGUUUACGAGGUUACCAUGAGUUGUUUACUAGGUUUAAUGUUUGACUUGUUACAUAAAUAAUUCUGUAAUGUCUUAAAAAUGAUGGCAAUCAUCCAUUUUUAUCUCCAGUAAGAAACUGCUAGCCAUUUGCUGCUAAUAGCUGAGAACUGCUAGCUAACUGGCAAGCACAAAAACAGUAGUCUUCGGGAGUACAGACUCCCCAGAAAUCGGCAGAAGUAAGAACUGCUAAAAAUGCACUGUCAAAUAGGAGAAUAAUUAUACUGUAAAGGAAGUUUUAUUUAUAUAUUUUUUUAGAGGCGUACUAAGACAACAUAAACAUGACAGUGUGUAAAUGAUAACACAUGAAUGCAGGAAAGGAAGACAUUUAUUAAAAUGCUGUAAGUGAAUGCUGGAAUGUUAUUUGUCACAUGCUUCGUAGACAACAGGUGUAGACUAACAGUGAAGUGCUUACUUACGGGUCGAUUUCCAACAAUGCAGAUUUAAAGAUAAAUAAAUAAAAAUAUAUAAAUAGUGACACAAGGAAUAAUUACACAGUGAAUAACGAAUACAAAUAAUGAGUUAAAAUAACAUGGCUAUAUACAGGGAGUACCAGUACCAAGUCUUUGCAGGGGUAUGAGGUAAUUGAGGUAGCUAUGUACUGUACAUAUAGGUAGGGGUAAAGUGACUAGGCAACAGGAUAGAUGGCCACCCGGACAGCUGAUGAAACUGAGGAGUAUUUUUGUCUGUAAUAAAGCCCUUUUGUGGGGAAAAACUCUGUUCUGAUUGGCUGGGCCUGGCUCCCAAGUGGGUGGACCUAUGCGCUCUCAGGCGCACCCAUGGCUGCGCCCCUGCCCAGUCAUGUUAAAUCCAUAGAUUAGGGCCUAAUUUAUUUAUAUCAAUUGACUGAUUUCCUUAUAUAAACUGUAACUCAGUAAAAUAGUUUAAAUUGUUGCAUGUUGCGUUUAUAUUUUUCAGUAUAUAUAUAUCUUAACUAUUAACUGUUUAUAAUGUGCUAAGUGUUCUGCUGUUGUGCAUUUGGUUUGCUCAUUUAGUAGCUAGUUAGCUAUCUAGCUAAGUGGUUAGCUUCUUCCAAAAUCCUGCUCCGCUUGGUAACAGCAGAGAAUUCCCUCCUGGAUCAAGCGCCUUUUGUCUAAUAUUUGUUUUGUGCGUGCAGAAAACUGAGUUGCAUUUUUUUGCUACUUGUAUAACUUUAUGAGCUGGGAUGUCUGUGCUGCAAAUACUUUAGAUCACAGACUAUAUAAAAUGUUCAAUUUGCUCGUUAGCAUUUAGUUAGUAUUCUUUAUGGGAUUUUACAUGUACUUGUUAGCAUUGCUAACCUUGUGUUCAGUGCUGGUAUUACAAUCUGAAUACCUCCCAAGCCUAACUUGAAGCUCUUGACCCGGUCCACUACAGUCCCGUCGAUGUGAAUGGGGGCGUGCUUGGCCCUCCGUUUUCUGUAGUCCACGAUCAGCUCCUUUGUCUUACUGACGUUGAGGAAGAAGUUGUCCUGGCACCACACUGCCAGGUCUCUGACCUUUUGCCUAUAGGCUGUCUCGUCGUCUGUGAUCAGGCCUACCACCGUCGUGUUGUCGGCCAACUUAAUGAUGGUGUUGGAGUCGUGCACGAUGACGCAGUCGUGGGAGUGCAGGAGGGGACUAAGCACUCACCCCUGAGGGUCCCUGUGUUGAAGGUCAGCGUGGUGGAUGUGUUGCAGAUAUGUUGAGGUGUUCAGUCCUAGGGACCUUAGCUUAGUGAUGAGCUUCGAGGGCACUGGUGUUGAACGCUGAGCUGUGGUCAAUAAACAGCAUUCUCACGUAGGUGUUCCUUUUGUCCAAGUGGGAAAGGGCAGUGUGGAGUGCAAUAGAGAUUGCGUCAUCUGUGGAUAUGUUGGGGAAAAUUGGAGUGGGUCCAGGGUGUCUGGGAUGAUGGUGUUGAUGUGAGCCAUGACCAGCCUUUCAAAGCAUUUCAUGGCUACAGAUGUGAGUGCUACGGGGCGAUAGUCAUUUAGACAGGUUUCCUUGGUGUUCUUUGGCACAGGGACUAUUGUGGUCUGCUUGAAACAUGUUGGUAUUACAGACUGGGUCAGGGAGAGGUUGAAAAUAUCAGUGAAGACACUUGCCAGCUGGUCAGCGCAUGCUCUGAGUAUGUGUCCUGGUAAUCCGUCUGGCCCCGCGGCCUUGUGAAUGUUAACCUGUUUAAAGGUCUUACUCACAUCGGCUACGGAGAGUGUGAUCACACAAUUGUCCGGAACAGCUGGUGCACUUAAGCUUGGUUCAGUGUUGCUUGCCUCUAAGCGAGCAUAGAAGACUUUUAGCUCGUCUGGUAGGCUUGUGUCAUUGGACAGCUCAUGGCUGGGUUUCCCUUUGUAAUCUUUGAUAGAUUGCAAGCCCUGCCACAUCCGACGAGUGUCGGAGCCAAUGUAGUAUGAUUCGAUCUCAGUCCUGUAUUAACGCUUUUCCUGUUUGAUGGUCUGUCGGAGGGCGUAGCGGGAUUUCUCAUAAUCGUCCGGGAUAGUGUCCCUCUCCUUAAAAGCGGCAGCUCUAGCCUUUAGCUCAGUGCAGAUGUUGCCUGUAAUCCAUGUCUUCUGGUUGGGAUAUGUACGUACGGACACUGUGGGGAUACACUUAUUAAUGAAGCCGGUGACUGAUGUGGUAAACUCCUCAAUGCCAUCGGAUGAAUCCCGAAACAUAUUCCAGUCUGUGCUAGCAAAACAGUCCUGCAUCUUAGCAUCCGCUUCAUCGGACCACUUCCGAAUUGAGUGUGUCACUGGUACUUCCUGUUUGAGUUUUUGCUUGUAUGCAGGAAUCAGGAGGAUAGCUAUGGUCAGAUUUUCCAAACGGAAGGCGAGGGAGAGCUUUGUAUGCGUCUCUGUGUGGUGUAAAGGUGUUCUAGAGUUUUUCCCCCCUCUAGUUUCACAGGUGACAUGCUGGUAGAAAUGAGGUAAAACAGAUUUCAGUUUUCCUGCAUUAAAAUCACCGGCCACUAGGAGCGCUGCCUCUGGAUGAGCAUUUUCUUGUUGGCUUAUGGCCCAAUAUAGCUUGUUGAGUAUGGUCUUAGUGCCAUCUUCGGUUUGUGGUGGUAAUUAGACAGCUACGAAAAUAUAGAUAAAAACUGUCAUGGUAAAUUGUGUGGUCUACAGCUUAUCAUUAGUAAUUUCUAGAGAUUGCACACCAGCUGUUGUUAACAAAGAGACACACACCCCAACUCUUGGGUUUACGAGACGCUGCCUUUCUGUCCUGCCGAUGCAUAGAAAAACCAGCUAGAUUUAUGUUAACCUUGUCAUCGUUCAGCCACGACUCUGUGAAGCAUAGGAUAUUAUAGUUCUUCAGUUAACUAGGCAAAUGAGCAAAAGCUGUGUGCGUCAAGGAAAUAGACGCCUGGCUCAAAUAGAAGCCUGUCUCUAAUAAGCGCCUGUUUUGAUCAGUGAUUUAAGCAAAUGAAUGCCUGACUAUUAAUUUAAGUUUCACGACAUUUCUUGCUAUAGAGCAUAUUUCCCUUGUCUAAGACCGAGUUGUACUGACCUCUCUAAACCAGUUGAUGGUGUGGAAGAGCAGGCCACUGACUAACUCUCUCUCAGGCUUAGACAGGCUCUCUGACACACAAACACACACCAAGCAAGGUUUGAACUGUAUAUUUCUGCCUUAUUCACCUCACUGUUUUGUUGCAGUGCCUGAGCAAUGCGUGCCCUCUCACUGAAUACUUCCUGGAUGACCAGUAUGAGGCGGAGAUCAACCGGGAGAAUCCAUUAGGAAUGAGGGGGGAGAUCGCAGAGGCCUACGCAGACCUGGUCAAGCAGAUGUGGCUUAGCCGCAGCAGCUAUGUGGCUCCCCGCACCUUUAAAGUGAGCAGUGCCACAGAUACAUAAGACUGAAUUUCUAUAGGCUACUGCAAUGUAGUGCACCUUCCUCGUCCUCUUUUUGACCUUUUAGAUUUUUCUAAUUCAGUCAGUUACCAGUAGAUUUCUGCAAUACAGCCAGUUACCAGUUACUAUCUUACGAACUCAUUGCAGACAUAGCAAUGAGCAUGAAGCUAUCUGUCAUAAUUACUAUAACACGUGUGAUUGAAAAGCUGCACAGUCUGCUAACCUCCACCCUAUGUUCCCCCUUUAUCCCAGACCCAAGUGGGCCGCUUCGCCCCCCAGUUUUCAGGGUACCAGCAGCAGGACUCCCAGGAGUUGCUGGCCUUCCUGAUGGACGGGCUCCACGAAGACCUGAACCGCGUUAAAAAGAAGCCUUACCUGGCCCUGCAGGACGCAGGGGGGCGGCCAGACGAGGUACACAUACACACAAUCUUGGUGAUGCUAGUAAGGAAGAUUUCCCAUAGCAUUGUCAUUAAGUCCUAUUAUGUUUGAGAUCACCUCUGUACAAAUCUCUAACAGUUUUUUUUCUUCUGAAUGACAGAUUGUAGCUAAGGAAGCAUGGACUAACCAUCGCCUGCGCAAUGACUCAAUCAUUGUGGACAUAUUCCAUGGCCUGUUCAAAUCCACUCUGGUGUGUCCAGAGUGUGCCAAGGUCUCUGUGACCUUUGACCCAUUCUGCUACCUCACACUCCCUCUGCCCAUGAAGAAGGACCGAACUAUGGAGGUGUUCUUGGUCCGCAUCGACCCCGAUUCCAGACCCACGCAGGUAACACACACACACUGGACGGGAGCUGCUUUUCCCCCUCAAUGUAGUUAGACACUCAUCAUAAUAGCAAUCAUUUUUUAUUUAUUAAGGAUUUCACAACAACAAAAGGACAUGACAAAUGCAGAGUAAUAUAAACAUAAUAUAAAACCAAACAAUGAUAUCAGACACACCAAAAACAAGAGAGAAAAAUAAAUUAAAAAUAAAUAAUAGCACCACUGCUUCACCACAUUAUAAACUGACUUCAGAUACAUUUCACCUUUUAAGGUCCAUUUGACCAUGCAAUGAAAGGGGCCCCAAGUAUAUUCAAAGUAGUCUAGUUUACCCAGAAACUGGUAAGAAACUCUCCCAUAGCUAGCCAGCUGUGCCAUGGUACUGGCCCAUUCAUCAAAGGGAGGGGGAUAUUCUUUCUUCCAAUGCCUUAAGAGUAAGCGCUUAGCUGUUGUGAUGGCCAGGAUAAGCCAUCUCUUUUCAAAGGAAGUGAAAACAUAGUCCUUAAGGUCAGUUGUUGAGCCUAACAUAUACAGUUUUACAGUGAUCAGGAACUGUCUUAAUAACCUGAAAUACAACUUGUUGCCUGUCCCCUGUAGCUCAGUUGGUAGAGCAUGGCGCUUGCAACGCCAGGGUUGUGGGUUCGUUUCCCAUGGGGGGCCAGUAUGAAAAUGUAUGCACUCACUAGCUGUAAGUCGCUCUGGAUAAGAGCGUCUGCUAAAUGACUAAAAUGUAAAUGUUGUAUAUUAUUCCACCAAUCUUUUAGCGCUGGACAUGACCAGAGUAUAUGUAUAAUAGAGGCAUCAUAACCUUUACAUCUCCAACAUCGGUCUUCUGGUAUUAACAUUGUGGAGUCCAAUUGAAUAAAUGUAUUUCCCAUUUCUUUAUACAUAGUAUUCAAAUUAGACAAGCAUGAUUUUUACUCUUCAUGGGAUAUACAGUACCAGUCAAAAGUUUGGACAUACCUACUCAUUCAUGGGUUUUUCUUUAUUUUUACUAUUUUCUACAUUGUAGAAUAACAGUGAAGACAUCAAAACUAUGAAAUAACACAUAUUGAAUCAUGUAGUAACCAAUAAAGUGUUAAACAAAUCAAAUAUAUUUUAUAUUUGAGAUUCUUCAAAGUAGCCACCCUUUGCCUUGAUGACAGCUUUGCACACUCUUGGCAUUCUCUCAACCAGCUUCAUUAGGUAGUCACCUGGAAUGCAUUUAAAUUAAAAGGUGUGCCUUGUUAUAAGUUAAUUUGUGGAAUUUCUUUCCUUAAUGUGUUUGAGCAAAUCGGUUAUGUUGUGACAAGGUAGGGGUGGUAUACAGAAGAUAGCCCUAUUUGGUAAAAUACCAAGUCCAUAUUAUGGCAAGAACAGCUCAAAUAAGCAAAGAGAAACGACAGUCCAUCAUUACUUUAACAUUUACGACAUGAAGGUCAGUCAAUCCAGAAUAUUUCAAGAACUUUGAACGUUUCUUCAAGUGCAGUCUCAAAAACCAUAAAGCGCUAUGAUGAAACUGACGCUCAUGAUGACCGCCACAGGAAAGGAAGACCCAGAGUUACCUCUGCUGCAGAUGAUAAGUUAAUUAGAGUUAACUGCACCUCAGAUUGCAGCCCAAAUAAAUGCAACAGUCCUUCAAGACUGUUGGAAAAGCAUUCCUCAUGAAGCUGGUUGAGAGAAUGCCAAGAGUGUGCAAAGCUGUCAUCAAGGCGAAGGGUGGCUACUUUGAAGAAUCUCAAAUAUAAAAUAUAUUUUGAUUUGUUUAACAGUUUUUGGGUUACUACUUGAUUCCAUAUGUGUUAUUUCAUAGUUUUGAUGUCUUCACUAUUAUUCUACAAUGUAGAAAAUAGUACAAAUAAAAACCCUUGAAUGAGUAGGUUAGUCCAAAAUCUUGACUGGGACUGUAUCUAGAGCCAAAUCUUUUGUCCAUUGUACUUUAAUCUUAUUUAAAGGAUCAGAAAAUUGGUCCAGUAGCAGAUUAUAAAUUAUUUCUUCAAUCGGGCUUGCUAUGGGACAGGUAAGGGGGCUUCCCAAACAUUUUCACAAAGAACUAUGUAGCUGGAGGUGUCUCCAAUAUUAAUUCUGUGGCAGCUUAUAUUUCUUAGUAAUUUGGGGAAAGCUUAAGAAUUGCUUAGACUGCUCAUCAAAUAAAUCCAACAGAUAAUUGGUUCCUACUUGUUGCCACUGUACCCAAUUCUUUAUUUUUUUUAACCUCCAAUUGGGAUACGCUUAUUGUGCCACAGAGGGGCUUGAGGCUCUUUGUAUCUUACCCCACAAGGUUCUAGUGUUUGUAACAGUGGGGUGAUCCUUCAGUUGUGGUCAUACAGUGCAAAAAAUUCCAAGCCAGGGCGAUACCCCCAUGGGCCUCAGACUCCAGCUGGUACCAGCCUGGUUUAGCCCCUCCCUUCCGACAUGGCAACCAAAUACUGAUUUGUUUGACAUUGAUAGCCCAGUAGUACCACCUGAAGUUAGGGAGACCAGAUCCACCUUUUUUGGGGGAGACUUACUUUUUAUUUAACCUAAACUGCUGAGUUACCCCAAAGAAAAUCAAAACAUGCCUGUCAAUAUCUUUAAAGUAAUAAUCUGGGAUGUAUAGAGGGAAUGAGCUAGAAGAUAAUAUAUUACAGGUGCCAGCAUCAUUUUAAUAUAAUUAAUUUUACCCCAUAAUGAAAGAUUUUUGACCAUCUAGCAAAGUCAUUCUUCAUUUUUAGAAGUAAGGGUUUCAUAUUCUCUCCAAAAAUAUCCCUGUGGCUGGGGGUUAUUAGAAUGCCAAGGAAUUUGAUACUCUUAGGGGACCAUCUACAUUUCAUAAUAACAAUCUUAAGCACAGCCUCAGACAAAACAUUUAGGCUAAACCUGGGCUAGUUGAAUUUCAUUUAAAUACCGUGUCUGUGUACAUAGAUAAUGUUCUACUAACACAAUUUUGAUUUAGAGGUGCCAAAAUUGUGUUUCUGUUCUCGUGAUGUCUGCAAUGUAAAUAAGACAUUUGCAUAUAAUACUAAUUGAGGUGGUUAUCAAAACCAGACCAGUUUCAAUGGGGACCUAGAAACAGAGUGGUCUUUGUACAUGCUGCCGUGCUCUCUUCGAUUUCAGAGUGGGCCGCGGUUCACCGACUGAGGUCAUGACAUCUAUGUAGACAGAAGUCAAAAUAUCUUGUCUCUCUCCAUCCUUCUCUUUCUCUCCCUCUGCAUCUCUCUUUUUUCUCUUCCCCAGUACCGAGUGGUGGUCCCCAAGCUUGGCUCAGUGACAGACCUGUGCAGCGCCUUGUCCAGGCUCUCUGGAAUCCCUGCUGAGAAUGUGAGAGCUUUACCUUUUAUGUGCUGCUAGCUGAAUGAGGGCCAUUGUACUUUUAGACUCUCUUUUUACAGUCCCUGCCUGGCAUUUGCACCCAUGUCCUUUAUGGUUAUGCGCUCAUGAUUAAAUUUUGGUUGUGACUUGAUAGGAUUAAAAUUAUCGGCCAGUAGGCUUGGCGAUACUCUGGUAUAUGGUAUAAACGGUAUAUUUAGAAAAAUUGACAGUAUGAUUUUCAAUAACGUUUUUUUUUUAUGUGCUACGCCACUGCUUAUAACUAUAAGUUAUAACUGUUAACUUGCUAGCUAAGUGGCUAGAUGUCAAGAUCAAGCUUCUUGGUUACAGCAGAGACAUUCUAGCCUGAGUUACCAGUCUCUUUAGCUAACAUUCCACACCUUGUCAUUGCCAAAGAGUCUGGCCUUUCUGCCAUCUUCAAAUAUUUUAUAUCAUUAAUGAGCUCGAGAACAGAGGAGUUGAUCCUGAUUUGAUAACCCUCACAGCUAUCCUCCAAUCACAAUAAUGAUACAAAUAUUGGAACUAUAUCACUUUCUCCACAGACCACAUUGGUAUUAGGUUGCUAAGAAACCGUUUUUUGUUUGUCCACACAAAACCAGAAUGUCAAAAGUUGCUAGCUCACAUCUAAAUUCUCAAACUAAAUACACACUGCAAUUCCAACCACAAAACCUAUUUGCAUUUAUUUUAAGCCUCAAAAUACAACAACUUGCCUAGCUAACAGCCAGAUAUUUGUUUUUGACUUAGUUAUUUCUUUAAUUUUUAUAUUUAGCAGACGCUCUUAUCCAGAGCGACUUACAGGAGCAAUUAUGGUUAAGUGCCUUGCUCAAGGGCACCGACAGAUUUUUCACCUAGUCGGCUCGGGGAUUGGAACCAGCGACCUUUCGGUGACUGGCACAUCACUCUUAACCAUUAAGCUACCUUAAAAAAUCUAUUUUUCAGGCUCCACAUGUUGUCAUGGAAAGUAUUAAUGUUAUUUCCAACAACUAAUGAGCAACUCUGUAUAUCCAGCUGCAUAUUGAAUGUUGAGAUUGCCGAAAAGCAAGGAGUGGAACGUUAGCUAAAGAUUGGUGCCCAGACUAGAGAAAUUCACACCAAAAAAAAAAAAAAUAUAUAUAUAUAUAUAUAUAGUACCAGUCAAAAGUUUGGACACACCUACUCAUUCAAUGGUUUUUCUUUAUUUUUACUAUUUUCAUAUUGUACAAUAAUAGUGAAGACAUCAAAACUAUGAAAUAACACAUGGAAUCAUGUAGUAACCAAAAAAGUGUUAUUUUAUAUUUGAGAUUCUUCAGAUAGCCACCCUUUGCCUUGAUGACAGCUUUGCACACUCUUGGCAUUCUCUCAACCAGCUUCAUGAAGCUGGUUGAGAGAACAUUUACAUUUACACAUUUACGUCAUUUAGCAGACGCUCUUAUCCAGAGCGACUUACAAAUUGGUGCAUUCACCUUAUAGCCAGUGGGAUAACCACAUUACAAUAUGUUUAUUUUUUAUUUUUAUUUUUUGGGGGUGGGGUAAGGGGGAGUAGAACGAUUACUUUAUCCUAUCCCAGGUAUUCCUUAAAGAGGUGGGGUUUCAAGUGUCUCCGGAAGGUGGUGAGUGACUCCACUGUCCUGGCGUCGUGAGGGAGCUUGUUCCACCAUUGGGGUGCCAGAGCAGCGAACAGUUUUGACUGGGCUGAGCUGGAACUGUGCUUCCGCAGAGGUAGCGGGGCCAGCAGGCCAGAGGUGGAUGAACGCAAUGCUCUCGUUUGGGUGUAGGGACUGAUCAGAGCCUGAAGGUACGGAGGUGCCGUUCCCCUCACAGCUCCGUAGGCAAGCACCAUGGUCUUGUAGGAGAUGCAAGCUUAAACUGAAAGCCUGUGGAGUGUACGGAGGAGCGGGGUGACGUGAGAGAACUUGGGAAGGUUGAACACCAGACAGGCUGCGGCAUUCUGGAUGAGUUGUAGGGGUUUAAUGGCACAGGCAGGGAGCCCAGCCAACAGCGAGUUGCAGUAAUCCAGACGGGAGAUGGCAAGUGCCUGGAUUAGGACCUGUGCCGCUUCCUGUGUAAGGCAGGGUCGUACUCUCCGAAUGUUGUAGAGCAUGAACCUACAGGAUCGGGUCACCGCCUUGAUGUUAGCGGAGAACGACAGGGUGUUGUCCAGGGUCACGCCAAGGCUCUUCGCACUCUGGGAGGAGGACACAACGGAGUUGUCAACCGUGAUGGCGAGAUCAUGGAACGGGCAGUCCUUCCCCGGGAGGAAGAGCAGCUCCGUCUUGCCGAGGUUCAGCUUGAGGUGGUGAUCCGUCAUCCAAACUGAUAUGUCUGCCAGACAUGCAGAGAUGCGAUUCGCCACCUGGUUAUCAGAAGGGGGAAAGGAGAAGAUGAGUUAUGUGUCGCCUGUGUAGCAAUGAUAGGAGAGGCCAUGUGAGGAUAUGACAGAGCCAAGUGACUUGGUGUAUAGCAAGAAUAGGAGAGGGCCUAGAACUGAGCCCUGGGGGGACACCAGUGGUGAGAGCAUGUGGUGCGGAGACAGAUUCUCGCCACGCCACUUGGUAGGAGCGACCGGUCAAGUAGGACGCAAUCCAAGAGUGAGCCGCGCCGGAGAUGCCCAACUCGGAGAGGGUGGAGAGGAGGAUCUGAUGGUUCACAGUAUCAAAGGCAGCAGACAGGUCUAGAAGGACAAAAGCAGAGGAGAGAGAGUUAGCUUUAGCAGUGCGGAGAGCCUCCGUGACACAGAGAAGAGCAGUCUCAGUUGAAUGACCAGUCUUGAAACCUGACUGGUUUGGAUCAAGAAGGUCAUUCUGAGAGAGAUGGCAAGAGAGUUGGCUAAAGACGGCACGCUCAAGAGUUUUGGAGAGAAAAGAAAGAAGGGAUACUGGUCUGUAGUUGUUGACAUCAGAGGGAUCGAGUGUUGGUUUUUUGAGAAGGGGUGCAACUCUCGCUCUCUUGAAGACGGAAGGGACAUAGCCAGCGGUCAAGGAUGAGUUGAUGAGCGAGUUGAGGUAAGGGAGAAGGUCACCUGAGAUGGUCUGGAGAAGAGAGGAGGGGAUAGGGUCAAGCGGGCAGUUUGUUGGGCGGCCGGCCGUCACAAGUCGCAAGAUUUCAUCUGGAGAGAGAGGGGAGAAAGAAGUCAAAGCAUAGGUAGGGCAGUGUGAGCAGGACCAGCAGUGUCAUUUGACUUAACAAACGAGGAUCGGAUGUCGUCAACCUUCUUUUCAAAAUGGUUGACGAAGUCAUUCACAGAGAGGGAGGAGGGGGAGGAUUCAGCAGGGAGGAGAAGGUGGCAAAGAGCUUCCUAGGGUUAGAGGCAGAUGCUUGGAAUUUAGAGUGGUAGAAAGUGGCUUUAGCAGCAGAAACAGAUGAAGAAAAUGUAGAGAGGAGGGAGUGAAAAGAUGCCAGGUCCGCAGGCUGCCCGGAGCCCUGUUCUGUGAGCUCGCAAUGAGUCGUCAAGCCACGGAGCAGGAGGGGAGGACCGAGCCGGCCGGGAGGAUAGGGGACAUAGAGAGUCAAAGGAUGCAGAAAGGGAGGAGAGGAGGGUUGAGGCGGCAGAAUCAGGAGAUUGGAGGGAGAAGGAUUGAGCAGAGGGAAGAGAUGAUAGGAUGGAAGAGGAGAGAGUAGCGGAAGAGAGAGAGCGAAGGUUGCGACGGCGCAUUACCAUCUGAGUAGGGGCAGAGUGAGUAGUGUUGGAGGAGAGCGAGAGAGAAAAGGAUACAAAGUAGUGGUCGGAGACAUGAAGGGGAGUUGCAGUGAGAUUAGUAGAAGAAAAGCAUCUAGUAAAGAUGAGGUCACGCGUAUUGCCUGCCUUGUGAGUAGGGGGAGAGGGUGAGGUCAGGAGAGGAGAGGAGUGGAAAGAAGGAGGCAGAGAGAAAUGAGUCAAAGGUAGACGUAGGGAGGUUGAAGUCACCCAGAACUGUGAGGGAUGAGCCAUCCUCAGGAAAGGAACUUAUCAAGGCGUCAAGCUCAUUGAUGAACUCUCCAAGGGAACCUGGAGGGCGAUAAAUGACAAGGAUGUUAAGCUUGAAUGGGCUAGUGACUUUGACAGCAUGGAAUUCAAAUGAGGAGAUAGACAGAUGGGUCAUGGGAAAAAGAGAGAAUGUCCACUUGGGAGAGAUGUGGAUUCCUGUGCCACCACCCCGCUGACCAGAUGCUCUCGGGGUAUGCGAGAACACAUGGUCAGACGAGGAGAGAGCAGUAGGAGUAGCAGUGUUUUCAGUGGUAAUCCAUGUUUCCGUCAGCGCCAAGAAGUCGAGGGACUGGAGGGUAGCAUAGGCUGAGAUUAACUUUGAGGUCUUGUUGGCCGCAGAACGGCAGUUCCAGAGGCUGCCGGAGACCUGGAACUCCACGUGGGUGGUGCGUGCAGGGACCACCAGGUUAGAGAGGCAGCAGCCACGCGGUGUGAGGCGUUUGUAUAGCCUGUGCGGAGAGGAGAGAACAGGGAUAGACAGAGUUGACAGGCCACAGAAAAUGGCUACAAUAAUGCAAAGGCGAUCGGAAUGAAAUGAACUAAACAUCUGGGAAAGCGAGAGAGCGGGGCCUCCCUCACUUACGUUUCACUGAAACACCAAAUGUAACUCUCCCAACUUCCACCUCAGAAACUAUAAUUGUUGUAAACUACAGCGGUUCAAUGUUUUCUAGGAAUAGACUAACUUCGUUUAUUCAGCUAGCUAACUUGGUACAGUAUUCUUCCGUGAAAAUUCGUACAGGGCACCUAGUCAUAUGACGCCACAGCCAACUAGCAUGCCGGACUCCAACAACACGGUUUAGCACCAAUACUCGGCCACAACAAACCACUAGUGUGUCAACACACCAAGCAGAUGAAGCAAGAAGCCUGAUGUUGACAUCUAGUCACCUGGAAUGCAUUUAAAUUAAAAGGUGUACCUUGUUAAAAGUUAAUUUGUGAAUUUCUUUCCUCAAUGCGUUUGAGCCAAUCAGUUGUGUUGUGACAAGGUAGGGAUGGUAUACAGAAGCUAGCCCUAUUGGUAAAAGACCAAGUCCAUAUUAUGGAAAGAACAGCUCAAAUAAGCAAAGAGAUUCGACAGUCCAUUACUUUAAGACAUGAAGGUCAGUCAAUCCGGAAAAUUUCAAGAACUUUGAAAGUUUCUUCAAGUGCAGUCGCAAAAACCAUCAAGCGCUAUGAUGAAACUGGCUCUCAUGAGGACCGCCACAGGAAAGGAAGACCCAGAGUUACUUCUGCUGCAGAGGAUAAGUAAUUAGAAUAACUGCACCUCAGAUUGCAGCCCAAAUAAAUGCUUCACAGAGUUCAAGUCACAGACACAUCUCAACAUCAACUGUUCAGAGGAGACUGCGUGAAUCGAAUUGCUGCAAAUACACCACUACUCAAGGACACCAAUAAGAAGAAGAGACUUGCUUGGGCCAAGAAACACGAGCAAUGGACAUUAGACCGGUGGAAAUCUGUCCUUUGGUCUGAUGAGUCCAAAUUUGAGAUUUUUUUUCCCAACCGCCGUGUCUUUGUGAGACACAGAGUAGGUGAACGUAUGAUCUCCGCAUGUGUGGUUCCACCGUGAAGCAUGGAGGAGGAGGUGUUAUGGUGUGGGGGUGCUUUGCUGGUGACACUGUCAGUGAUUUAUUUAGAAUUCAAGGCACACUUAUCCAGCAUGGCUACCACAGCAUUCUGCAGCAAUACGCCAUCCCAUCUGGUUUGGGCUUAGUGGGACUAUCAUUUGUUUUUCAACAGGACAAUGACCCAACACACCUCCAGGCUGUGUAAGGGCUAUUUGACCAUGAAGGAGAGUGAUGGAGUGCUGCAUCAGAUGACCAGGCCUCUACAAUCACCCGACCUCAACCUAAUUGAGAUGGUUUGGGAUGAGUUGGACCGCAGAGUGAAAGAAAAGCAGCCAACAAGUGCUCAGCAUAUGUGGGAACUCCUUCAAGACUGUUGGAAAAGCAUUCCAGGUGAAGCUGGUUGAGAGAAUGCCAAGAGUGUGCAAAGCUGUCAUCAAGGCAAAGGGUGGCUAUUUGAAGAAUCUGAAAAAUAAAAUAUAUUUUGAUUUGUUUAACACUUUUUGGCUUAUUCCAUAAAUCCAUAUGUGUUAUUUCAUCGUUUUGAUUAUUCUACAAUGUAGAAAAUAGUAAAAAUAAAGAAAAUACCUUAAAUGAGUAGCUGUCCAAACUUUGGACUGGUACUGUAUAUAUAGCGCCCGUUGUAUGCACUUCCGGUAAUCCGUAUACCCCGGUAUGGAACAGAAACGGUAUGAUGGUAUGAGAAUCUGGAUGCCAGGAAAUGUGUAUAUUAGGCUAACAUAAUUUCAUUCUUUUAUAGCCUUUUUUCAAUUGUGAGGAUAACGUUUUGUCCCACUGACGGGUCUGAUAAAGUGACUCCAGUUGAGAGGAAACCAUAAAUGCUCCCUCCUAUCUUCCUAGAUGGUGGUGGCUGAUGUUUACAAUCACCGGUUCCACAAGAUCUACAGACGAGACGACGGCCUCAACCACAUCAUGGAGAAAGAUGACAUAUUUGUGUAAGCAUUGUCUCUUCUCUUGCACUGGAAGAUAACAUAUUGAACAGUGGUUGGGUAUGAGCAGACGUCAAACAUUAUCUUUAUUGUCCAGGGAAAUUAUUUUGUGCAGCCAGGAGUUUACAGAAUAACCACAUACAGUGCCUUCAGAAAGUAUUCACACCCCUUGACUUUUUCCACAUUUUGUUGUGUUACAGCCUGAAUUUAAAAUGGAUUAAAUUGAGAUGUGUCACUGGCCUACACAGAAUACCUAAUAAUGUCAAAGUGGAAUUAUGUUUUUAGAAAUGUUUACUAAUGAAUUAAAAGCGGAAUGUCUUGAGUCAAUAAUUAUUCACCACCUUUGUUAUGGUAAGCCAAAAUAAGUUCAGCAGUAAAAAUUUGCUUAACAAGUCACUUGAGUUGCAUGGACUCACUGUGUGAGCAAUAAUAGUGUUUAACAUUACUUUUUAAUAACUCAUCUCUGUACCCCACACAUACAAUUAUCUGUAAGGUCCCUCAGUCGAGCAGUGAAUUUCAAACACAGAUUCAACCACAAAGACCAGGGAGGGUUUCCAAUGCCUCACAAAGGGCACCUAUUGGUAGAUGGGUUAAAAUAAAUAUUGAGUAUCCCUUUGAGCAUGGUGAAAUGAUUAAUUACAAUUUGGAUGGUGUAUCAAUACACCCAGUCACUACAAAGAUACAGGUGUCCUUUCUAACUUCGUUGCAGGAGAGAAAGGAAACCGGUCAGGGAUUUCACCAUAAGACCAAUGGUGACUUAAAAACUGUUACUGAGUUUAAUGGCUGUGAUAGGAGAUAACUGAGGAUGGAUCAAUAACAUUGUAGUUACUCCACAAAACUAACCUAAAUGAGAGUGAAAAGAAGGAAGCCUGUAAAGAAUUAAAAAAAUAUUCCAAACAUGCAUCCUGUUUGCAAUAAUUCAUUAAAGUAAAACUUUUUGUCCAGAAUACAAAGCGUUAUGUUUGGGGCAAACACAACACAUCAGAGUACCACUCUUUUUAUAUUUUCAAGCAUGGUGGUGGCUGCAUCUUGUUAUGGGUAGGACUAGGAAAUCUUUUAGGAUAUAAAUGAACGGCAGAGGCAAAUCCUAGAGGAAAACUGGGAGACAAAUUCACCUUUGAGCAGGACAAUAACCUAAAACACAAGGCCAAAUUUACACUGGAGUUGAUUUCCAAGACAACAUCGAAUGUUCCUGAGUGGCCUAGUUACAGUUUUUACCUAAAUCGGCUUGAAAAUCUAUGGCAAGACUUGAAAAAUGUCUGUCUAGCAAUGAUCAGCAACUAACUUGACAGAGCUUGAAGAAUUUAAAAAAGAAUAAUGUGCAAAUAUUGUACAAUCCAGGUGUGGAAAGCUCUUAGACUUACCCAGAAAGAUUCACAGCUGUAAUAGUUGCCAAAGGUGACUCUAUCAUGUAUUGACUCAGGGGUGUAAAUUAGAUAUUUCUAUGUUUCAUUUUCAAUUCAUUUGCUAAACGUGUUUGCACUUUGUCAUUAUGGGGUAUGGUGUGUAGAUGGGUGAGGAACAUUUUGUUUUUAUCCAUUUUGAAUUCAGGCUGUAACACAACAAAAUGUGGAAAAAGUAAAGUGGUAUGAAUACUUUCUGAAGGCACUGUACAGUAUCCACCACAUGUACACAACAGAUUUAAAAUCGUAAAAAAGGAACACCCCAAGUGUGCUACUGUAUCAUUCUCCAUGUUUGUGGUCCAGGUAUGAGGUGGCGGAGGAGGACAGGGAGAGGAUGAACCUGCCUGUGUACUUCAGGGAGCGCCACUCCAAGCACACGGGCGGCUCCACGGGCACCAUGCUGUUUGGCCAGCCCCUCCUCAUUACUGUUCCCCGGCAGAACUUGGCCGCUGACAUGCUCUACGAGAAGGUGCUGGAGAGGAUUGGGUGGGUACACUGUCUGUCUGUAGGCCUGCUUUUGUUUCUACUUGUGUUCUUAUGUACAGUAUGCAGCAUAUAGACUUGAGAUAUUGAACAUGUACUUAGUGUGCCAAAUGUGGGCUUAGCACAUGUGGCAAAAGAUUAACAUGUGUGAUAUUUACCCACUGUUUUCCCAUUCCAGGCGCUACGUGAAGCGCUUUCAGAGCUCCAACGUUGAGGGGAGGGCCUCCGCCUCUGCCUCCUCGGCCAGCUGCAGCCUGGUAGCCGAGUGCUCAGCAACAUCCUCCAAUCACAACGCUGCAGCGAGUGGGAGUGGUAGCCCCCUGUUGGAAGGGGCGUCCUGCAGCUCCAGCAACGGCAGCAACCACUCGGGGACCUCCAACAGGUCCAACAGGAAUGGGAGGUGUGAGGGUAAGCAACAACAUGGAUCAGAGUGCUCCAGCAGCAGUAAAGGCAGCACAGUUACUUACAUCUCGUACACCUAUUGGUUUCUUUUUUAUCCCAUGAUAAAUUAGGUGUACUAAGCACAUUUUAGUUUUGCAUUCAUGUGUGUGAAAUAUUUCAUUGCCACGGGCUGACAUGGCUUGUGUGAAUCCGAUGAGGGGGUUUCAGACUUGUGUGUGUUGGUUCCAGGUGAGGAGGAGGCCAUGGAUCACCAGGUGAGCCCGGAGCCAGAGAACGGCCAGUCGGGGGAGGAGGAGGAAGCCUCGGACCUGGAGAAUGGCCCUAAAACCAAAGAGUGCUCCAGCACCCCGCCCAAACUCUUCUCCUUCAGCAUGGUCAACUCCUACGGAACGGCCAACAUCAGUCCACUGCCUUGUGACGGAAACGUCCUCAAACUCAAUAGUUAGUAUUCAGUCUCGCCUCUGGCUUUUCAAUGUUUUGACCAGUUACAAGAGGAGAAAAUGGCUUGAAAUAAGUGGUUUUCUGAAUGUUUUUAGUUAAAAAGUCCUAGGUGGUUAAAGUAUGUUGGUUCAGUUGCCAUUAGAAAACCGGCUUUCGAUGUGAGUUGAGAGCUGACCAAAGCCUCUUAUCUCCUCCGUAGCACAUUCCACAGUGGCGAUUGACUGGGACUCGGACACAAAGAAACUGUGUUACGACGAUCAGGAAGCAGAGGUCAGUACUGUUUCAGUUGACUUGAUCAGGUUGACCUAAAGCCCUUUUAAUCAUGUCAACGUUUGUGCCAGGCUAUGUCUAUACGGUGUGUAUCUGUCUGUGUGACUCAGUUCUGUAUCCUCUGUGUGUACUGUAGGCCUAUGAGAAGCACGAGAGCAUGCUCCAGGCCCAGAAGAAGAAAGCCACAGUGGCUCUGAGGGAAUGCAUCGAGCUCUUCACCACAAUGGAGACGCUAGGAGAGCAUGACCCAUGGUGAGACCAGGCACAAGAGAAACAGGCCCUAAUUACUCUACUCACUAAAUCAUUGAAACCACUACUUUCUUUGGUAGGGUGUAAUGUUGUCGUGACGUGCCUUUCAUUAUUGUGAUGACUAUUAUUUAUUGAAUAAUUACCUACUAUGUUUAAUUGUUACUAGAUUAAAUUAAUCAUGUAACAAUUAAAUCAUUAGGAAUUUGGGGCACCACGGGAAAAGUUAACAAGUUACCGUUUCCCGAAUUACCUCUAAAGAUAUCUUGAUAUCUCUUAUCAUUUAACAGUAAUUUAUUAAUCAUUUACCUCAUAUCAGUCUCAUUGUGAAAGUCGUAGGCUCUUUAAGUCUGCACUGAUCAUUCCUUACCACACAAAUUGAUUUAAUGAUUUAUUUACUAACUAAUUAAAAAUGAUAACACAAGAUACAAACACAUACAUGGUAUAGGUAGGGAUUAGAAACUUAAUACAAUGAAAAUGGGUCCCUAGCGGACUAACACAAUAUGACACUUGUUACAAAAGAUGGUGAGUUAAAGAGAGACAGAAAUACUUGGAUACACAUGGACCUAAGCUCAUAGUAAUCCUAAUACUUUGCCAGAUACUGCGGCCCAAUUGGUAAGAAGUAAUGCAUGUAUUUACGUGUUUGUCUUUGUCGUCUCUGUUGGACCCAGGCCUUUGUGGGAAGGGUCGAUUGGGCCUUCUCUUUUCGGAUGGCCUUUUAGAUGUAAGGCUCAGAUGUAAGGCUCAGAUUGUACACAAGAGGUCACAAUGUCCUUCUUAGUCAUCUGUUUACUUUCACUCAUUCUGGAAGUGGUCUUCUGAGGACGGCAGCCGUGUGGAUGAUCCCCUGUGGGGUGAUGAGAGCAGUGUAGUAGACGAUGGUUUGAAGAGAGUAACAGGAUGGUCCCACUUAAAUUCACCUUCUUAGAUACAGUACUUAGAACAGCUACUCAGCCGUAACAUUGAUUGUUAGUGGAGGCAACUUUGUCAUCUUCACCUCAUGUUGAUUUUCAGGGUCGGGACCAAUAUGGACAACAGCUGCAGCUUGAGGUCCGUCUAGUCUUAUCUGAUAAUUCUUAUCUCAGUCUUUUAUGCACUCUGGUAAAGAGGGGCGUUUCCGUCAUACUAACACGCUCUCAGAGCUCCCUCGGGCGUGGCUAGUUACGAGGCAAAAGUGUUAUUAUCUAUAUGAUUUUGUAAGAAAGCUAAAAUCACAUUCUUAUCUUCACGGAAACAUUGUCUUCCUCCUUGAUAUUUUCUACACAAGGUAAAGGAUGUAAACCUGAUAUUCACAGUGUAAAAGUUAUUAAAGUCACAAUGUUUUCGUUAUAACGCCUUUUAUACAAUUUUUAAUGACAUCACAAAAUAUACAUACAUUUUCCAUAUUCCAUUUCUCAUCAUUCCCAACAUUUAGAUGUUGAAAUAUAUUGUUGUUGGAUGUUGAAGUUUUGGGCGGAAGAAGUCUCUGAAACAAAGGACAUUCCUUUCACCAUACUAGGGCCAGAGACAGGAGAAUCUAUCUCUAAUUUAUGACCGUAUUAAGGUGUCAAGACCGUGGGAUAGUGGGUCUGGUUGUUGUCGGACAUUGUCUUGGCUGAUAUGAGGCCUUUGAUCCUCACCCAGGGAGAGUCAUGACAGUUGUUUUGUGUUUUUUUGUCUGUUUCACUGAUAUCAACGAUGCCUCACCUUGUCCACACAGGUAUUGCCCCACCUGUAAGAAGCACCAACAAGCCACGAAGAAGUUUGACUUGUGGUCGUUGCCUCGCAUCCUGGUGGUCCACCUGAAGCGCUUCUCCUACAACCGCUGCUGGAGGGACAAGCUGGACACGGUUGUGGACUUCCCUGUCAGGUACAGACAACACUAUGCCAAGAGGUAGAACUGCUCUAACUGACAGAUACGUGUCCUCUUUUAGUUAAUUUAUUUGCACAAAUAGAAAGAGUUUGUAACAGUAAAAGUCAAGCUACUGGGGAUGUUGGACAGUAGGUACCUCUUUAUUUUAUUUUUUUAACAAUGACGGGGAUAGCGUGGCAAACUCAGGCGGGAGUGAGUGCCAGAUUAUAGGGCCUCUGUAGGUAAUUCAGAAUGGGGUUGUUCUGGAAUGUGGGGGACGUAGCUGUUGUCUAUUUCUUGUUGAGUACUUAUGGAAUUCAUAUGUGGUGGUGAAAUAGAUUUUGAAGAAAGAGGGUCAAACUGAUUUAAAGAGCCGUAAACAAAUUGAGCAACUUGAAGAUAAUUCAUUUUAUAAAUAUUCAAUAUUUUUUUUAAAGUGGUGUGCUGAAUGGUCUAGGGAUGGGCGUGAGUAAUCGAGGAUUCAAACCAAGUCAAAACUCGAUCUUUACCAGAGAUAAUAAAAUACUGUAAAACUAUUUGGUUUAAAUGUUGUUUUGAAGACAACUUUAAUUUACUUUGACUCUAGUGUUCUAUUUGUACAUGUGCGUUGCGGGACACAACAAAAAAUAAGCCAAGCGUCACACAGUGCUGCUCUUCAAAUUCCCUUUCCCCUCCAUGUCCCAUUCACUCAAUUGUGUUCCUAACUCUCCCUCUACACAUGCGUGCUGUGUGCGCCUACAGAAAUAAAUGCCUAUACAAAUGUAUGUAACUGAUUGGAUACACAAGCUACAUUCCUUGCCAAAUUACGAAAGUUUUAUCACAAAUUCUAAAUGGACUGGUUGACUGAAGUAGGGAAAUAUGUGUUCCAACAAUGAGCUGCUGUUUUGGAAUGUUCAUCAUUUUCCGCUUGGGCUACUUUGCGGUUGUCUUUAGUUAGCAAGCCGCAAAGUCAAAAUUGGCUAUAUCGUAAAAAUUCAUGAAAACAAAAAUGUGCGUUUUAAGCCUAGGCCUGCUCACCAAAUGGAUGUCCUGGCCAUAAUUCAUCCCCAUGCAGUGUUCAAUGUAGAAUUGUUAAUCCAUUUAGAAAAUUCCAAGGAACAGGCAGAAUAAACUAGAUCUAACGUCGGUAUAUCGAAAAGAAGACCGUUUUUGGUUUGUAACCUUGCCAAAUUGAGUCCCGUUUCAAAUGAUCAAUAAAUUAUAAAUUAUUCACAUUAAGAUGGGACAUUGUCUCUGCUCUUUAUUCUUUUUGGACUUUGAGAGGUCAAAUUAUGAAAGCAUCCUUUUGAUUUUGUAGUCAACUUUUAUGGACCCAAGGUAUUGACAGCUUUUACACUAGAGGGUGCUGGUUUGCUAGAUAUGUCAGAAAAUGGACACUGUCUUUGUCCAUUUGAGGAAGUCAUGGUCACAUAUUUGAGAAGUGGGUCUAAACUGUCAGGGAAAUUGACGUCAAGCUCCAACAGACAAAGAGCAUAUGUGGUUAUAAUUGCAUCCGGUAAUAACUGCUCACAAGCGGAUUUCACAAUCACAAAAAAGCCCUUUCAACUAAACUAGUAAUUUUAAUGUAUUUUCCAUUAGCAGAAUACCCAACUUAUUCCCCAGGUUGGGAACAUGAAGCUAGUGAAAUGCUGUGCUGUGGUAUAAAAGCAACCUGUGUGGAGGUUGUCUGGCUGAAUGCCUGGGAGCCUCCCUGGGCUGUGUUCACUGACCCCUACUGAGUCACACAGGAAGUAUAACUAAAUGUAACUGACAUAGACAAGCACUGCUGCUUCCAAGAACAUGACUCAUGCUUACUGGGGAGGUUUGAGACAGACAGAGCCAUAUGUUGUACCUCAACCCUCUCACCAACAUAUCAGCGGAAGUACUGGCUGAUCACCAUCCCCCAUACUGGGUUCAGUGUUGAUGACAUGUCCAAUAUGAAUCACAUUUGAUAUAAUAAAAAAUGGCUUUCAGUACAGCCCUGUUGCUUAUGUGUCUAGCUGUCAGUCCAAGUUGUUGUCUGUGGGUGUAAAGGCAGGUUUUGCUGAUGACAUGUCUUCUCUCUCCACACAGGGACCUGAACAUGUCUGGGUUUGUGUGUGACCCCAAGGCCGGCCCCUAUGUUUAUGACCUCAUAGCAGUCUCCAACCACUAUGGAGGAAUGGGAGGAGGCCACUGUGAGUAAUGGUUGCUUCUGCCAGCAACACCCAGGCUAGGUCCAUCCUAAUUGCAGACCUAGAUAAUGAGAUACACAGUACACACACCCUACCCCACCCACAUUAAUGACACAAUCAGCUCUCACUUUGUUACAUUUCAAAUAACUGUUUACCUGGGAAAUAGUGCUCAGCGAUUAGUGCUUUUUGAGGUCGGUUCGGAGUCAAUUAUUUAAAAAAAAUCACGGAUUUCGGUUUCAAUAUUUUUCUUUUACAAUAAAUGCACUAUGCAUUAUGUGGGUUAAAUGCUGUAACAACACAGAAUAAAGCAAUUAAUAAAAGUCCCAUGAUGGUAGUGACUGUCCACUACUGCUUAUUACUUAUUAACCAUAAUUUAGUCACAUAUUUCAGUUGUGUAUAUAUUACAUUAGUUUUAUUUGAUUACUUUAUUAUUUCAUUCCAUCAUCAUCUCAUCUCUAUAGAGCUGCUGCCUAUGCUGUCUGACAAAAUAAAAUAAAAAAAAGUUAUUCAAAGUAAAUAAGGCAUACUUUUAUGACUGCUGAAUACCAACUAUCAAUCACUUAGAUCAUGUAUUUUCAGGUAGAGAUGCCUCACAAAGCAUCUGCUAUCCCUCUCGAUCGCACGUCUUCUGUCUCUUCUCUCCCUCUGUGUCUGCCCACAUACUGAACAAGUAGGCACGCAAUGGAUUAUGGUCAUUGUAGUUAAUUACCACGUUUCCUGCGCUAAACUAUGUAGAAUAUUGGCCUGUUGGAAACAACUCCCUACUACAUCGCACAGUCAGGGCUUGAUCUGAUUUAUCUCUGGAGAAACUGUGCAUUGAACUCAUAGAAAAAAAACAAUGACAUUUUUUUAGUUGUUUAAAAACUCAAAUAACCGACAUUUUGGGUAAUCGCUCUGCAAUGCUGGGAAAACGGAUAACAGAACAGUAGGCUGAAAGGGAGGUUUAACUGCCGGUGAUCGGAGGCCAUUGUUCUUCUUAUAUUUACUCUGUUCCUGUUAUUUGAAUACUACUAUCUGCUGACAAAGGUAUUUGUUUUAGUACCUGGUAACCUGAAGCAGGUCAACCAUGCAGAAUGUAUGUUAACAGAUAAGGUGUCUGGCUUACACCUUUUCUCUAAGGAAACUGAGCUUAUAAUCAGCAGUAUUUAAUUAGAAUGUUGGUUCCCACUUACUCGUUUAGUGUCAACUUUGAUAUCAAUUUUGAUUUGCUCAAACCUUUUCAUGUAUUUUAGCCAAGCUCUUGUUUGGUGGUGACUACCCAGGCCUGCUAGUGGAAACCAGUUAAUCAGAUAUUCAUCCUAGCUCAACUUUAGAUCCCCAUGACCAUAGUUUUAUAAUGUUCCUCCAAUAUCUUGUACCUGCAGACACAGCCUACGGCAAGAACAAAGCUGAUGGGAAGUGGCAUUACUUUGAUGACAGCAGUGUCUCGGCUGCCUCAGAGGAUCAGAUUGUGGUGAGUGAGCCACCUCAACCCUUACUUUCAUGUGUAACUCUGCAUAUGACGUUUUUGAAACUUUGAUUAUGUAUAAACAUUUCUAUUGCGUGUGACUCGUUAUUACCCAUUUGAAAAACGAUACACUGAGUAUACAAAACAUUAAGAACACCUGCUCUUUCCAUGACAUAGACUGACCAGGUAAAUCCAGGUGAAAGCUAUGAUCAUUUAUUGAUGUCACUAGUUAAAUCCACUUCAAUCAGUGUAGAUGAAGGGGAGGAGAUGGGUUAAAGAAUGGUUUUUAAGCCUUGAGACAUGGAUUGUGUUUGUGUGCCAUUUGAGGGUGAAUGGGCAAGACAAAAUAUUUAAGUGCCUUUGAACGGGGUAUGGUAGUAGGUGCCAGGCACACCGGUUUGUGUCAAGAACUGCAACGCUGCUGGGAUUUUCACGCUCAACACUUUCCCGUGUGUAUCAAGAAUGGUCCACCACCCAAAGGACAUCCAGCCAACUUGACACAACUGUGGGAAGCAUUGGAGUCAACAUGGGCCAGCAUCCCUAUGGAACGCUUUCGACACCCUGUAGAGUCCACGCCUCGACUAAUUGAGGCUGUUCUGAGGGCCGGUGGUGUGGGGUGCAACUCAAUAUUAGGAAGGUGUUCCUAAUGUUUGUUAUACUCAGUGUAUGUUGUUCCAUGUGUCCAGUGUUUAUUAAUAAAUAACGUCAGCAGUGAUGAAAGCUCCCAUUUACUUCCUGUUCUUUGGUGUUGUCAGUGCUGCUGCAGUGUAACUCUAUCCCCUCCUCUCCUCUCUACAGACAAAAGCAGCCUACGUGCUAUUUUACCAACGCAGAGAUGCGGGCGACGCCCCUGCCAAGCUUCCUCCCUCUGCCUCUCUGGGGGGUGCCACCACUGAAGCAGCCGAUGAUCACAUGGAUACCAACUGAGCAGCGCUGAUGCUCAGGGACACUCACUGAAGCAAAAAUAAUGACGAAAGAGACACUUUGAUGCACACACCAAGCUACUUCAGUGACAUAAGACUUCUCAGAGUCUAUAUUAUUAACUCCCCCCAGCCCAGUACCCGCUGUGUUUUAUUUUAUUUUGCUCGUACAUCGUCACAAAGAGUCCAAAGCCUUGUUGGAUACGUGACCCGCGAGACUUCCUCCCGGAGCUGGUGGCCUGCUGAUGUAUGAAACCUAGUUUACUGGUUUGUAAAAAAUAAGGGGAAUAAAAGGCAAAUAAUCCUCUCACUGGACGAACAGAAUGUUAGAUGUGCCCUAAAAUGCAUAGGUAUUAUUAACACAAACUUUUCUGUUACCCACUAGAAAAGUAAAAAAACACACAAAAAAAGCAGAAUGCGCAUCUUGUUUCUACCAAAGCGUUCGAAAUUGUACAUCGUAAAGAACUGUACCAACUUCACUGACAGACUGGGGGAAGGAGAAACAUGCCCUUGAGUUGUCUGUGAUGAUAACCCUCCAGUGCAGGGGUGAAUUUAUGCAAAAUUGUAUUUAAUAUUGAGAUGUGCACACAAUUCAACACAUGAUACUGAUGGAUCCUGUGACUUUCUACCUCCUGUGAAGAAUGGAUCCAGUUAGAAAGUCACGCUGGAGGUGUUCCUUCUACACACACACAGAGAAACAGACACACUCAGGCCCUCUCAUUUUAGUCUUCCUCUGGGUUGGCUUGCAGGGCCUGUGUCCACAGUAGAUAGUGUUUAGUUGAUCAAGGUCCUGUUUACUGGGCCUUGAUGUAAGCUGUGGCAGAGGCUAUUUAUUUUCAUAGACAUGAGUUCAGUCAGACCUUAGCGCCUGCUCUUUAUGAAGCCCAGCAUGCUAACUCUCACUCAUACACUCCCCUCUGUAUUUAUUUGGACAGUGAUGCUAAAAUGUGUAAAUUUGGCUCUAUACUCCAGCAUUUUGGAUUUGAGAUCAAAUGUUUCAUGAGGCGACAGUACAGAAUGUCACCUUUUUAUGAGGGAUUAAUCAUACAUCUGUUUCAUCAUUUAGAAAUUAAAGCACAUUGAGUCUAGUGUAUUAAAGUAGUCAAAAGUUUAGUAUUUGAUCCCAUAUUCCUAGCACGCAAUUACAUCAAGCUUGUGACUAAAAACUUGUCGGAUUUGCUGUUUGUUUUGUUUUUGUUUAGUAUUAUGUUUUGCCCAAUAGGAACUGAAUGGUGAAUAAUGUAUUGUCAUUUUGGAGUCACUUUUAUUGUAAAUAACAAUAUAAGAUGUUUCUGAACACUUCUACAUUAAUAUGUAUUCUACCAUGAUGAUUAUGGUUAAUUAUCAGUGAGACCGAGGAACAAAGAGCAUACACCCCAAAAAAUGCUAACCUUUCACCAUUACCAAUAACAGGGGAGGUUAGCAUUUUUAGGGGGUAUGAUCUUUGGAGGGGGAAAAAAAUCAAAUGGGACUAGAUGUAUAGUGCUUUCAUUUCUAAACGGUAAAACAUAUGUAUGAAAAUACCCUCAAAUAAAAGGUGACAUUCUGAACUGUUGCCUCAUGACAAUUUUUAACUCAAAUCCAAAAUACUGGAGUAGAGAGCCAAAUGUACAAAUGUUUGCUUCACUGUCCAAAUAAAUACGGUGGGAAGUGCACCCCUUGCUCUCUGAGAUAAGUCUCAUCCUGAUAAAGAUGUGCUGCUCCCCCUUGUCACACAAAAGCAACAGUGGCCUUUUAAUCCUACAACUUGUUUAAAAGGAGGCACUUUGAGUUUUACUUUAGUCGCAUCUGGAAUUUUAAAUAUGUAUGUACGACGUGGCGAGGCCCUGACCAUUCGUACAUUUCUAGAUAAUAGGGCUGUACUUUCAAGCAUAUUUGAUUGCUGACUGAAUGGACCUCCCAACUGCCCCGCUAUGGCUUGUCCUUAGGCUACCUGUCCUGUGUGGUAUUACAGUCCUACAUUGAAAUUGCUUUUGUUUUUUCUUAAAAGCACACUGCGUGAAGCAAAAUGUGAUAUGUAUGAAAGUGGUGCUAAAUUUAUGAAACUUGAAAUUGUUGCUGUUCGUGAUAAGGCUCCAAUCCGUUGUUAAAUAGAAUUUGGACAGCAAUAACUUAAAGGCGUCCUCAGUGUGUUUAGGACUGCAGGCAUCUGUGUUCUCCCACCAAUGGACUCUGACAACCAAUCAGCUGUUAAAUAAAAUAUAUGAUGGUGACAUGACAGCUUGCUCGUCAAUGGAUGGAAUGAGGACUCUUACAAAUCGAUCUGCUUGUAUGUUGUUAGACGGUUGCUACGUAGCACUAUAUUUUUCACUGACACUUAAAUGUGUCCCACUGAGUACUAGUAGUCUUCAGUGAUAGCUGUUCAGCUUGUGCGGGCUAGUGGUGGCAACACAAUACAUGAUGGCAGGAACCAGUGUCUCUGAUACCACCUACUCCAGACUCAACACCCUGACCCUACUGUAAUAUUUCACUACAUUGCCAAGUGUCUUGUAAAGGUUGAUACAAGACACCAGUAACCGGACCUAUACAGUAUAUGGCUCUGCCAGUAUCUACUUCAUGGAUCAAUUUCCCAUAAGAUAAAUUCUAGCUCUGUGGCAUCUGUCUUGUGCUUUUUUCAUGUGGCACAACAGCAUGUAAAUGUCUUUGGGACUGCAGAUAUCAUACUUGCUGGUCAGUCCCUCUCUGAUUAUGCCCUCCUAAGAUGAUUACAUUAUUAAUAUAACCAUAUUUAUGCCAAUGAAUAGAAAAGCCUUAUAUCAUAUCUGUAAUUAUUAUUCUACAGCAAAUGAAAAAGACAUCCAGCUGUCCAAAACCGAUCGUAUUUUAAAGUUUAUUUUCUUUACAAUCCUCAUUAGAAACUUAAUUUUGCUGUCAAAUAUCUUGAAUAGAUGUAAAUAUCAAAUCAGUUUGUUCCCAUACACAUAUUUGCAGGUGUU